AUGGUUAUUGCCGCGGUUGACAUUGGAUCCAAGUGCGAAUACCUGCACGGCGUGGCCCACCAUUUCGUCGAUGGGUACGACACCAACAAGAUCCGCAUGUGGGAAAGGGAGCACUUGCGCCUGUUCGAGUUCAACAUCAGCCACACCCACUGCCUGCACUUCCUGCGUAUUUUCCAGUUCAUGACGCAUGAUCUGAUGGCCGAAAAGAAUCUCCAAGGCGCUUGGACCUUGAUGAAAGCACUGGGAUGCUUGGCUAUGGCGCACUUACGACUGCCAAGCAGCAACCAUCUCUCCUCGCGGCCGCUGUCGCCCGUGUGGCAUUCGAGAUGCUCCACCAACGCGGAAUCAUUGCCUCUGCAGAGCCUUCUGUUUUGCUGCAUCUUCAUCACGUCGAAUCUGAGCAUCUGCCGGUUGCGAUCGCGCUCGUGGAGCACUGUCAAGGUCGAGAGGCAAGGUGAUGUCGCUGUGCUGAAGAUCGACAUCCCGAAUGUCAAGGAAAAUGUCCUGGGCGAGGCGCUGUCGGGUGACUUGAAUGAAGCCUUCAACAAAUUGGAAAAUGACGAUUCGGUCAAGGGAAUCGUCUUGAUGUCCGGCAAGCCAAAUUCCUUCGUUGCCGGCGCCGACAUUACAAUGUUGUCGAAGGCUAAAGACGUCGCUGACGCACAGAGGAUGAGCAGCGAGGGCCAGAAGCAGUUCGCUCGAUUGGCUGAUUCGAAGAAGCCGAUCGUCGCUGCCAUUAUGGGAUCGUGCCUGGGCGGUGGUCUGGAGCUUGCUAUGGCUUGCCACUACCGCAUUGCUGUCAACGACAAGAAGACGCAACUCGGCUUGCCAGAGAUCGAUCGGACGCGCCCAUUGCUUGAACGUGUUACAAGCGCUGUAACGAACAAUCGGGUGGUACUGGACAAUGUCGUGCUGAAGAUGGCCCGUGAUAAGGUGAUGAAACUGACGAAGGGCAACUAUCCGGCGCCAUUGAAAAUUCUGGAAGUCGUGCGCGAGGGAAUUGUCGGUGGCCCGGCCAAAGGCUAUGCUAUGGAAUCUCAGUAUUUCGGUGAACUGGCAAAGACUACACAAUCAGCCGCCUUGAUCGGUCUCUUCAAUGGAUCGACUGAUUGCAAGAAGAACAAAUAUGGAGAAGGCCGACCUGUCAAGGAGAUUGCCGUGGUCGGUGCUGGCUUGAUGGGGGCUGGAAUUGCCAAUGUCACCAUUGACAAAGGCAUUCGUUCGGUGCUUCUUGAUGUCAACCAGUCGGGCUUGGAGCGCGGCCAGAACCAGAUUCUGACCCAUCUUUCCACGGCUGUCAAGCGGAAGAGGCUGAGCCUUUUGGAAAAGGAGAGGAUCGUCACCAACCUUGAGGCGACCACCGACUACAGCCGGAUGAAGAAUGCUGAUAUUGUCAUCGAAGCCGUCUUUGAAGAUCUUUCCCUGAAGCACAAGGUGGUCAAGCAGAUUGAGUCCAUCGUCCGUCCGGAAUGCAUUGUCGCAACCAACACUUCCGCUCUGCCAAUUGCCGAUAUCGCCAAAGCCAGCGCCCGCCCGGAAAAUGUCAUUGGCAUGCACUAUUUCUCGCCGGUGGAAAAGAUGCAGCUUCUUGAGAUCAUCACCCAUGAAGGGACCUCCAAGCAAACCAUCGCUACUGCUGCUCAACUGGGUCUGAAGCAAGGAAAGCUGGUCGUCGUGGUCAAGGUGGGACUGGACGUCGCAGAGCAUGUUGCUCAUUUCCUCUCGGGCGCCCUCGGAGCGCGAGUGGGCGGCGGAAACCCACAGAUUUACACGGAUCUGGUGGCAGCUGGCAUGAAGGGAAGGAAGUCGAACAAGGGCUUCUACAAUUAUGGGGAUGGCAAGAAGGGCAGCAAGAAGGCGAACGAGGAGGCCCUAAAGAUCAUCAAGAAAUACCGCGUGGCCGCCCCAGCCGACGUCAGCAGCGUUGAGGACCAGCAGAUCAGAGUGCUUUGCCGCUUCAUCAACGAAGCCAUGUACUGCCUUCAAGAGGGUGUGAUUAGCCAACCGUCUGACGGCGACAUCGCUUCGGUGUUUGGCGUUGGCUUCCCGCCCUUCUGGGGUGGCCCCUUCCGCUUCGUCGACCUCUACGGAGCCGAAAAGCUGGUCACCAAAAUGGAUAAGUACUCCCGCGCCUAUAACCGCGAACAGUUUGCGCCGGCUCAGAUUCUCCAGGAUUACGCGAAGUCUGGCAAGAAGUUCUAC